AUGGCCAGCACCCAAGGAUCUCAACCCGAAACCAAGAGCUACACCCUAUCCGUCUUCAGCCAAGAAACCCUCGUCGCCUCCGACACCAACUCUCUCCACCCUCUCACCCGCAACGCCGAAGACCCCUCCGACCACCCCCUCCGCGGCACCGAACCCCAGCCUGCCCGCUCCGAUAACUACCACUACGUCUCUACGCGCGUCGUAAAGGGAAUACCCAAAGCCAAGGCGCCUGCUGACACGAUGAGUGCGUUGAGCAAGUUUAAGAUGAUGUUGAAGCCUCCUGUCGUGAAGGCGGUUGAGGCUCUGCCGAGUCAUGAGGGGAAGUCGUAUCAUGUCGACGAGGAGGGGCGCAUUAUUGAGACUACGGUGAGGAGAGCAGGUGAGUGGCGUGACAUGCUGGUCAGCUUCUUCAUGUCCGUGCUGACAUGGGUGGUUCUAGGUACAUCGCGCAACGUCUUUGCUAAUGGCGAUGGUGGCGGUGGCGGCGGAUCUUGA